CCCCCGGUAAGAAGAACAUCAUUGAAUCCGCCUCCGGAAUCUAAUAUCACAUGGGAAGAAUAUUUGGCAGCGCCAGCAGGACAAAGCCCAUUGCUGGGAAGAAGUCUUGUGUACAAAGAGAGCAGCAAGUCAUUCAAAGCGACAGUCGCAAUGAGUCCAGACUUUCCGCUGACAGUCGACAUGUUACUCAAUGUAUUGGAAGUCAUCGCACCGUUCAAGCACUUUAGCAAAUUAAGACAAUUCGUUCUGAUGAAACUACCACCUGGUUUCCCGGUGAAGAUCGACAUCCCUAUUCUACCUACUGUCACGGCCAAGAUAACCUUUCAAGAGUUUGCAUUUAGGAACGACAUCGAUCCAGAGCUGUUCCAAGUGCCAUCGGACUAUUUUGAAGACCCCAUGCGAGGUUACGGUGCAUAUAUGACAAUGAUGCAGGUUCUACAUACUACGUCGUCUGUUUGAAGAUAAGAAACACAACAAAUAAAGCAUUUUAUUACUUAUUGUUUAAAUAAUAUCUAUUGCUUAACAGGUAUUCAAGUUUUAUGAAAUUGACACCAUCGCUUUGUAAAACUUAAAAUUAAAAUCGACAUUUAAUCAUAAUGUAUAAUUUAUCGUAGCAGUACUUUAUACAUAGUACGUUGUACUUUAUUUUCGUUUGAGUAAUCCGAAUUAUAUUUGUGUUGAAAUAAAUAACGGAAACUGGCAUAAA